CAGUGAGGUAUUCACCGGUCAAACAGGAGCGCGUGGGAGCGGAGCCGCGGGAGUGCGCUUGUAGGAAAACUAGGCGCAAACGUGCCGGAGAAGUUCGCUCUCGCCGCCGCUCAUGAAUCAGGAACUUCGACGCACAACUUCUCAACGCUACCGAGUUGCCUCGUAGUUCGCGUAUUUAUCAAGCUUUAGUCCACGAAGCACCUGGAGGUCGGUACAGCUGAUUUCAUAUCAACACACCUUACCUCACCAUGCUCUUCUUCUCCUGGUAUUGACAUUAGACUUCUAGCAGCGAUGGCGGAGCGCUCUGUGACUCCAGGUCGGACAUACGUAGAGGUGGAAUACGACUAUGACUACAAAUCCAAAGAUCGUUUGAUCACCAUUAAACAAGGGGAAUCUUACUUGCUGAUGAAGAAGACUAAUGAGGACUGGUGGCAGGUACGCAAGGAUGAGAACAGUAAGCCCUUCUACGUCCCGGCCCAGUACGUGCGAGAAGUACGGCGAGCUCUCAUGCCCCCUCCCAAACCUUUAUCGCAUUUAGUGGCCAGCACAGGGACCCGAGGUGGAACCAUUCGGCCUUCUGCGUUGGAGAUCCAGCGAACAGAUGAUAACAAAAAGAGCCCAUGUCCCUCCCCUUCAGCCGGAUAUACCGCACUACUGCCGCCCAGAGAUGACAGGGGCAGUCCAAGCAGCCCCACUGGGCUGGUCCCACACAUGCAGACAAGUGCAUCCCAGGGCUCAUUGCCUCGUUUGAGAGCGGACUCUCCGAGUCGCAAAACGAAUGGAGAGAAGGAUAAAAACAGAGAGUUAGACAAGAGGGAACGUUCAACUCCGGAACCGUUGGCUGGAGAGGGUGGCGACUCGGAUAAGAACCGGAAUGACUCUGAAUCCGGGGAAGAGCUUAGUAGCAGUUCCAAUGAUAACCUACAGCAGCAAGGUAGGCCUGACUCUCCUGUCUACACAAACCUCAAGGAGUUAAAGAUCUCUCAGUCCUCCAUCCCACCACUGCCGUCGUCCUCACCGCUCCACAGUAUUGGUGAAUGGGAGACUUAUAAAGACCAGAAUGGCAGACACUUCUACUACAAUCGAAACACGCAGGAAAGAACCUGGAAACCACCACGGGCAGGGGGCAGCCUCACCAGGAAAGAGGAAAAACAAGAGACAUUUGAAGCUGAGGUUCUGUCAUCCGAGGAGAACUGUCUGAGCAGCCAGUCAGAUAGCCAGUAUGGUUCGCCCCCUAGAGGCUGGUCUGAGGACAUGGAUGAGCAUGGGCACACAUUGUAUGUGUCCGACUAUACUAACAAGUGGGUGCGAAACACGGAUGAAAAAGGGCGGCUUUAUAACUACAGUGAAGAUGGCUCUCGAUCUGAAUGGGAACUGCCUAAAGUUGGUCUCAAAUCACAGUCUAACCACUCCCCUCUGAUGCCAGGGGGUGGAGACUUGCACAAAACUCGUAGUCUUGACCGGAGACUGCCAGAUCCCAUUCACAUUGGUAGGUCGAGACACAGCGUGAAUGCACCGGAGUGCAAUGACAAGUUUAAAAAGAAGUCCAUGAAGGACCGGCGAAUCUUCUCCCCAAGUCGCAAAGGCACCACCCGCUCUCACCCCUAUAGGCCUCAAGACACCACCAAACCAGGCUCACCUGACUCAGACUCCUCCUGCCCCUCUUCUCCCAAACCCCCUCUCUCCCCAUCAGAGAAAUGUGGCACUUUAAACAUGACCAAAAUCACAGAGCAUGGCAAGAAGGUCAGGAAGAACUGGACAUCCUAUUGGACGGUUUUACAGGGUUCCUCACUGCUGUUUAAUAAGAGCCAAGGGGGUGGGACUGGUUGGUUCGGAAGGGAGCAGAAGCUGGAGUUCAGUGUGGAUCUGAGAGGAGGCUCAGUGGAUUGGGCAUCUAAGGACAAAUCGAGCAAAAAAAAUGUUCUAGAGCUGAAGACGCGACAGGGCCUGGAGCUCCUCCUGCAGUCAGAUACUGACGGCUGCAUCAACGACUGGAACAAAGCACUGAGCGAAGCCUUAAAUACACAUGCAUGGGAGUCUGAUGAGGCUAUUGAAGAGGACAUGCCAGAAUCUCCUGAUCAUGAGAAACAUGAAAAGGAGCACAGAGACUCCAAGAAAAGCAGAGCUAUGAAGAAUUCCGUAAGCAUGGAUAAUUCAGAAGAGAAAAAGACCAAGACCAAGCUGAAGAAAUUCCUCACACGCAGACCCACUUUACAGGCCGUCAAGGACAAGGGCUACAUUAAAGAUCAAGUGUUUGGAUCCAGUUUGAGCAGUUUGUGUCAGAGAGAAAAUUGCACUGUUCCUCAUUUUGUCAGUCUCUGUAUCGAGCAUGUGGAGACAAACGGGUUAGGAGUGGAUGGUUUGUACAGAGUGAGUGGAAAUUUAGCCAUCAUACAAAAACUGCGGUUUGCUGUUAAUCAUGAUGAGAAGUUGGACCUAGGAGACAGUAAAUGGGAAGACAUUCACGUGACCACUGGAGCUCUGAAGAUGUUUUUCCGUGAACUACCAGAACCUUUGUUCACCUACACUUAUUUCAACGAUUUCCUCAGCGCCAUCAAAAUGGCAGAUUAUAAGCAGAAAGUCAAGUCUGUCAAGGAUGUGAUGAAGCAGCUGCCACUGCCGAACUAUGACACCAUACAGGCACUCUUCAAACAUCUGAGGAAAGUGAUACAGCAUGGAGACGAGAACAGAAUGACCUAUCAGAGCGUAGCAAUCGUGUUCGGCCCAACACUCCUGCGGCCAGAGACCGAGACGGCAAACAUGGCGGUGCACAUGGUCUACCAGAACCAGAUCGUUGAGCUCAUUCUUACAGAAUAUGAGAGCAUAUUUGGCAGGUAGGUCACACUCACGACGACCAUUUGUCCGAACUCGACAGGACUGCUGAAGACCACCUUGUUUACUGCUGAAGACCCACAGCUCUUUGUCUGGCAGUUCGAAAACUGAACUUACGUUGGUGUGUUUACAUAUGACUGUCUGUUAUAGAAAAACCUCCACCAAUUUUUUAACAUAACAAAAUGAACUAUUUGCCUGCAUCUUUAUUGGACUACGUUUUUACAGCAGUUUUUUUUCUCGACUGGAUGUAACAUUUUUGUUUGCACACAAACGUUUCCGUUCCCUUUGGAUUACACGAGUUUUGGAUCAAUUACAUUCCCAUCUAAAGCACAGGAGGGCUUUUGGAGAUAUUCGAUUUGACUGAAAACAGUGAUGCUUAAAGGACAAAUUUGAUACUUUGAUUUUAGAUUUCCGUUUUGAGGAUACUACAUUUUACGUCAAAUCUCCAUGGUUGGAAAAGCACAUCAAAUGACUGACACAAUGAACCGAGUUUAUUACAGUAUAUAAUGUAAAUAACAAUAAUAAAUCUACUGGCGGUGAUGAAUCAUAUUUUUUUCAAGAAAGACGGAAAGACCAAUGAGAUGAUCGCUGCGGAGAUGCACGCUGGAGUUACCGUGUUAAACUUUCUGGAAAUGAGUUUUGGGGUACGUUCAAACAUUUGUUGGCUUUGAGUCUCGUUUUUGAGUCUCAGUCUUGAUUUCCUGUUGAUAAUUCAAUAUCAAACGAGUUUCUGGACAUACAGCUGGGUUCUUGCUGUAUGUCAGAUCAAUUUCAGACUGUAUGUGGACGCUCUUUGAUUCCUGCCGUGGCACAUUUAACCCUGAGGAGAUGCAUCAGUUCCUUACCAAUACCCGGACACGCAUUAAAACGCUUAUUAAAUACUGGAAUACAGUACACUGUAGGAAAAAUAUAACCGUCAUACAGUAGGAUUGUGAGGUAGUUACUCGAAUGAUCUGUAAAAAUGUAUGAUGGUACUGACAUAGUAUGUCCGUGGUGGGAAAAAAGAGCAAACGUAUUAAUGUAGUUUAUUAAAAUGUUUAAUAAGUGUUCUGAGUUAAUUCAAAUGAAUAUUUGUUGUACCUUGCAAAGCUUUGGCUUAUCAGAAUAAAGAUGAAAACUCACA